CUAAUGUUCUCUUGCACUCUGCCUCCAAACCCCUCAGAGCCUGUGCCCUGCUGCAGAAAGAGGGAAAGGGAUAGAAAGUGAGCAAAGGACACUGGCAAACGGGAAAGCACCAUGGCUGAGUCUACUAACAUGAGGCUACGGCUGUCGCUGUUAUGCAUCAUCCUGGAAGUCAUCCUCAUUAUCCUCUUUGGAACGCUGGUGGAGUAUAACGAUGACACUGACGCCAAGCUGUGGAAUAAAAACAGAAACAAAAAUACUACUAGAAAUGAUCAUGAAAAUGAGUUCUACUAUCGUUAUCCCAGUUUCCAGGAUGUUCAUGUCAUGAUCUUUGUGGGCUUCGGGUUUCUGAUGACGUUUCUGCAACGUUAUGGAUUCAGCAGCGUCGGAUUUAACUUUCUCAUCGCAGCCUUUUCUCUACAGUGGGCCACACUUAUGCAGGGCUUUUUCCACGGCUUGCACCAUGGCAAGAUCCACGUUGGUGUGACUAGCAUGAUAAAUGCAGAUUUCUGCACUGGUUCUGUGCUGAUCUCGUUUGGUGCCGUUUUGGGAAAGACCAGUCCUGUGCAGCUACUUGUUAUGGCGGUUUUCGAGGUGACGCUGUUCGCUGUCAAUGAGUUCAUCCUGCUUUCUAUCCUCGGGGCCAAUGAUGCUGGAGGAUCCAUGACCAUUCAUACAUUUGGUGCAUACUUCGGCUUAAUGGUGACCCGUGUCCUGUACAGGCCAAACCUGAACAAGAGCAAACACAGAAACUCGUCUGUCUACCACUCUGACCUCUUUGCCAUGAUCGGUACCAUCUACCUGUGGAUGUUCUGGCCCAGCUUCAACUCAGCCAUUACAAACUACGGUGACCCACAGCACAGGACCGCCAUGAACACUUACUAUUCUCUGGCCGCCUGCACACUGGCUACAUUCGCUUUCUCCGCCCUAGUCAACCCUGAAGGCAAAUUGGACAUGGUGCACAUCCAGAAUGCCGCACUGGCUGGUGGUGUUGCUGUGGGAACAGCUGGAGAGAUGAUGCUGACUGCGUUUGGCUCUAUGAUCGUUGGAUUCCUCGCAGGAACUAUUUCAGUACUGGGAUACAAAUACCUCUCGCCGUUUUUGGAAUCGAAACUGAAGAUUCAGGACACUUGUGGCAUUCAUAACCUGCAUGGAAUGCCAGGAAUUCUGGGAGCCAUAGUGGGUGCCAUCACUGCCGCAAUGGCAUCCUCAGAGGUAUAUGGAAACGGACUGCAAAGAGUUUUCGGUGACUUUAAAACUGAGGAAUGGGACGCUCAGUCUAAGGGUGGAUAUCAGGCUAUUUCCCUGGCUGUCACACUUGGAAUGGCUCUGUUUGGUGGUCUCAUUACAGGGUUCAUUUUGAAGCUGCCCAUCUACGGUGCUCCUCCAGAUACUCACUGCUUUGAGGAUGGAGUCUACUGGGAGGUACCGGGAGAGGAGGAAGGUCAUCAUGAGCUUAACGAAGUAGCCACACCAAACGAACUGGAGAAACUUGGCAGCUAAAUGACCUGCGUUCACCCGUUUGCAUCUGUCCAUCGCUCAAUAAACACUGCAGACGCUGCAGCUGUCGUUUAUUUGGCACCUGCUAUGCAGCCAUUUAUUAUUAUAAAACUUUGUUCCAUUAUUGUUAAUAUCAGUAUAUACUAUUAUAUAAAACCACUAGCCCAGUUUACCUGAGGAACAUUGAGAAUGUACAACCGAGUCAAAAAGCUGUGAUUCCUUAAAAGACCACUAGAUGGCGGUGCAGCGCUGCGACCGGCUCAGCAGCGCCCUGAAAGAGGACAAGAUGAUUGUUCUCAUGAUUAGCUUCUAGAAAGAUUUCUAAUUUAAAGAUAGCCGACUGCAAAAUAAAGUUAUGCUUCCUCUUUGCUAUUUUGGAAACAAUAAUGAGUAAUCUGUUGUGGGAUGUACGGGAAAAUAUUUUGUAUUCGUUUGGUAUAUAUAUUUUUUUUAUCUUCCUAAAACUGAAUAAGAAAUGUUUUAUUCAUCCUUAAUAUCUUACAACACAAAACUUAGCGCGAGUUGCAGGUUUUCUAAAACCUUUCCUAUGAGAUUUCUGAAUUUAUUUUUUUCUCCAAACAAAAAGGUUUAGAAAUACCGUGAAUAUGGGACAUUAAUGAACACCACUAAAACUGGAAGGGGGAAAUGUUUUGAUUGAUUUAACAUAUUAAAUGUAUAUAGUUACAUGUAUAUCCGUUUUUAAGAAAUAUACGUUUCUUUACGAGGAUUAUUUCUACUCUGCAUAACCCGCGUUUGAAUUCAGUGUGGAAUGACAUAAAAAUAAAUUGUAAUAAAUUUUUCAGAUUUAAA